AUGCCACAUGCUGGUACUCCGACAGCCAUUGCGAGUGAAAGCAAACGUUUCACGACUUGGUGGUGUUUUGUUUGUUUCCAAAAUAGCGCCCUUGUGCACAAAACCGUUGGUGCGAGUGAACAGAAAUCUAUCGACGUCGGCGGGGAGUUACCGUUCGCGAAUUCGCGGCCCUCGAGCCACAUAGUGCCUUGUGGUGACGGAGAUAUCUUGGUGAAAGACCUCAUCAGAGAAGCUACUUUGAGAUACAAAAAAGCAACGGGAAAGGUAACGAGAUAUUUCGAAACGUACGUCGAUAAAAAUCUUAACUAA